AUGACUCUGCUUCUCAUUGCUAUUCUGCUGUUCUCAGGUCUGUGCCGUCUCUCCUACUCUGUACCACGUCGGUUCCAUGUGGUGAAGGAGCAGAAGAACUGGACAGAAGCUCAGCAGUACUGCAGAGAGGAGUUCACUGACCUCGUCACCAUAGACGACAUGACAGAGAUGGAGAAGGUGAAGAGGAUGAUCCAUGAAGCAGGUGUUGAGAGGGCGUGGAUUGGGCUGAAGCAAGGAAGCAGUCCUAAGUGGCAGUGGUCUCUGGCCGACAGGGAUUUCUACAGAGAGAAUGAUACAGAGUUCAGGAACUGGGGUGAAAACCAACCAGAUGAAAGUGGACACAUAUGUGCAAAUAAUUACAAAGAAUUGUGGUAUGAUGCCCCGUGCAGUAAGAACAGACCCUUCAUCUGCUAUGAUGGGGGAGACUCUACACAGCCCUAUGUGCUGGUUACUGAGGAGAAGAACUGGGCAGACGCUCAGAGAUACUGCAGAGAGAAACACACAGACCUGGCCAGUGUGAGGAAUCAAGCAGAGAAUGACCAGAUAGAGGAAGUUAGAGGACGUGUUGAUGGUGCCUGGAUCGGCCUGUUCAGAGAUACCUGGGAGUGGUCAGAUGGCAGCAACUCCUCAUUCCGCCACUGGAACAAUGGUAAAGGUGAUGUGGAUAAGUGCACUGAAAUUAAGUCCAGUGGUCAGUGGAAUGAUGCACCGUGUAGCCGAUCUCAGAACUUCAUCUGCUAUGAAGACAAGCUGGUUCUGGUCCGUGAGAGUAAGACCUGGCAAGAGGCGCUGCAGUACUGCCGAGAGCACCAUGUGGACCUGGUGUCUGUGACGUCCGAGCGGGUCCAGCGUUGGGUGAGUGAGCGGGCUAAAGGAGCCUCCACUGCUCACGUGUGGCUGGGCCUGCGUCACGCCUGCGGCCUGGGCUGGUUCUGGGUCUGUGGAGAGAACGUCUGCUACAGCAACUGGACCCCAGGACAAGAGCAAGUGGAGUCCUGCAAACACAGAGUGGGGGCAGUGGAGUCUGGAGGGGGGCAGUGGGUCAGUAACCUGACUGAGACCGACAAACUCAACUUCAUCUGCACCAUUGAGGAUCAGUAACUGGAUCCUCCUCAGCCAAGAGCAGCGCUGGAGAAACUAUUUAGGAAAUGCAUGUUUUAUUUCUAUAUUUUGUCUAUAUUUAGUCACAUUACAUUAAUCCAUAUGAUUGACCUUAUUACUGUAACCUGCCAAUCCUGCAGUGAACUCUCAUCUUUGUCUCUUCUGGUUCCGAUGUAAUCUGUUAAUGGAAUUAAAAGGAUGGUCAUGACUACUACUUUUUCACGUAGAAAGUAGUGUAACGCGUUACUACGGAAAAUUUGGUAACGUAAUGUAGUUCCUUUUUCAUAUCGGCGCAACGUUACU